AGCCAAGUCGAAGCCAAUCAAAUCCAACUGGCCAGCUGCUCGCUCGCUCGGAGCGUCCGACGGUGAAGUAGAAGGGACCGAAGGAGUGCCGAGGCACAAUCCUGCAUCGGCAGCCACUGGCAUGAGUCAGUCGUCAUGGGCGAAACCAGCAGAGCUCAGUUCGAACGUGAUGCCGUGGAGUUUGCAUCUCGGGCUGUCAAAUUCGACCUGGAAGGAAACCCUGGCCCCGCUGCCUACUACUACAGGGAAGCCGCUCAAGCAUUGCAGUCGGCAAUGCUCUCUGGGUCACAGGUAGCCUGCAUUUCUGACAAGGCAAAUGAAUAUCUCAACCGUGCUGAGGAACUUGUGAAGCUAACAUCAAGCACGCAUAUCCCCGUCACGAGCAAUGCCCAGCAGCUCCAGCUGGACAGGGCCAAGUUCCUGCUGUCACAAGCGCUGGAUGAGGAUGAGGCUGACAACUACCAGGAGGCGCUGGAGCUCUACACGCUGGCAGUUGAGCUCUGUCUGCAGGCGGUGAGGGCACUUCGUUCCACGUGGGGGCGCCAUCGCAGCCCCAAAGGACACUCCUCUUCCCCAUCCCCUGUCGGCCAAAGAGCUGCUACAGAUGACAAGGCCCUUCAUGAGAAGCUAACAAGCAUUGCAUCUCAAGGACUUGAGAGGGCGGAAAGCCUGAAGGCCAAGCUGGCAAGCAGUUGCGGCAGUGGCAGCACAAUCAUUCGGCCUGCCCCGUCAGCACCCAUGCUCGAAGGGGCCAGAGCACCACCCUAUGGCAGCAGCAAGGCCUCCAGUACGUCACUGACCACCAGGCUCAGCUCUGAGGCAUCCACCACGUCAUCUUCGCUCAGUUGCCCCGGAGCUGACGGGGAGCAUGUGCGAGAUGCAGGGAACAAGCUGCUCAUCAGCGGCAACGACGGGUACACACGCGAUGAGAUUGAGGUCCUCAGGAAGACAUCUGUGAUCAACGGGCGAGAGUACGUCCCUUUCCUGGAAACGGACAAGCGGGACCGCUUUGCCUUCAAGCUGCCAUUCUGUGAUCCAGACGGCAAGCUGUCCCUGUCACCCAAGCAGCGUGCUUCAUUUAGCCACUGGGCACGCCUUGAGGAGCUGUCACACGACCCCAAGAUCAUUGAGGUGGUGGACUGCUUCAGCAUCCGCCAGACAGUUGUUUCGGACUGCUCAUUUGUGGCAUCAUUGGCUGUGAGCGGCCUCUAUGAAAAGCGGUUCAAGAAAAAGAUUAUUACAAGCAUAAUUUUCCCUCAGAACCGCCAAGGGCAGCCGGUGUACAAUCCUUGUGGCAAAUACACUGUCAAGCUUAACAUUAAUGGUGUUCCGAGAAAGGUGGUCAUUGAUGAUUACUUGCCAAUGGGCAAGAACUCAGAGAUGCUGUGCUCGUACUCAAACAACAAGAACGAGUUUUGGGUCUCACUGCUAGAGAAGGCUUACAUAAAGGUCAUGGGUGGCUACGACUUCCCUGGCUCAAACUCUAACAUCGACCUGCACGCACUCACUGGCUGGAUCCCCGAGCGUGUGAGCCUUCAUGGAAAUGCGGACGCACCUUUUGACGCAGACGCAUUGUUCAACAAGUUGCUUGAACGGCACCAACGUGGGGAUGUGCUGGUCACACUUGCCACUGGGGAGUUGAGUGAAGCUGAGGCAGAACGGUCAGGUCUGGUGCCUUCACAUGCCUACGCAAUGCUCGACGUGCGCCAUGUGCAGGGUCGGCGUCUGUUCCUGCUCAAGAACCCCUGGAGCCACCUCCGCUGGAAGGGCCGCUUCUCAGAGCGUGACACCACCAGCUGGACACCUGCCCUGGCACAGGCAUUAAAAUAUGACCCACACAAUGCUGCCAUGUUUGAUAAUGGAGUGUUCUGGAUCGAUUACGACUCUGUGUGCCACUUCUUCGACGUCGCCUACCUUAAUUGGAACCCGGGCUUGUUCCAGUACACCUACUGCACUCAUAGGGCAUGGAAUGCUGGGACUGGCCCGGUCAAAGAUUUGUACAACAUUGGUGAGAACCCACAGUUUUCACUCGAACUAAGCAAAUCGGGCUGCGCUGUCUGGAUCCUGCUGACACGGCACAUCACAGACAGGGAGGACUUUGCGAACAACCGCGAGUACAUCUGCCUGCUUGUGUACAAAAACAACGGGAAAAAGGUGUACCUGCCAUUUGAUCCUCCACCGUAUCUGGAUGGUGUGCGGAUCAACAGCCCGCACUACUUGUGCAAGAUGGUGGUUCCCAAGGGUGGGGACACCCGCUACACCCUCGUGGUGUCGCAGUACGAGAAGAACAACACCAUUCUCUACACACUGCGGGCUUACAGCAGCUGCCCAUUCCACCUAGCACCCAUUGGGAACCCUUACAAAUAUGUUCGUGAGGAGAAGCACGGGUCAUGGACAGCAGCAACGGCCGGUGGCUGUGGCAAUCACCCAGAGACCUAUGGCCGCAAUCCAGUGUACCAGGUGUCUCUGCAGAGUAGCCAUGACAACAAUCAAAUGCUUGUCAGCCUGAAGGGGCCGAAGCAAUACCAAAUUGGCUUUGAUAUUGUGACUGUCACUGUGAACAACCCAUCAUGUUCAGACUUCUUCGCUCGGAAAGGAUCUGGAAUGUUCAAAUCUGGCUUCACAGUUCUUGAGCUGGAACGUGUGCCAGCCGGUGUGUACAAUGUGAUCCCGUCCACGUUCAAGCCAUUCCAAGAAGGGCCUUUCUUCCUCACCAUCUCAGCCACCUGUCCCCUCAAGAUGUCACGCAUACAGUAGCAGUUGUUCUGGCACGAUGGUCAUCAUACCAGGUCAUCACUAAAUUCCUUGCCUGCGAUCGGCAGGCUCAUCAGACUUCUCAUGCCAAGAUCUUAACAGUGUACAAGAUUUGGAACUCCUCUCGACACAGCCAACUCUACAGACCCAUUGGUUGCAGAGCAUAAGAUAAAACAAAAGUUGUUCAUCUCAGAUUGCCAACCUCAGAUUGCCCACUCCGGCAGAGCAUGAUUUUGAUGGACAGGCGGGGAUAUUCAAAAGUAAUUAAAUUAUCUCCUAGAUAACUUCACAAUGCGUAACACUGCUGGUGAAAUAGUGUGUCUGC